UUUCCAUCCUCGGGGGUGGUGGGGGAGGCUCCAGCGGUGCCUCUUCAAUGGGCAGUUUGCUGAGCGGGGUCAGCCUGAAGGAGCCCACCACGGUGGAGGAUUGUGACUCUACCUGGGAAACGGACUCGGAGCCCGAACUCCAGGACCCCGGCGGAGGAGCAGGGCCACUACCGGAGGAGGAGGUGGGAGGCGGAGACGAAGGCGACCCAGCUGAGGAAGAGCAGCAGCCAGAGGAACCGCUCCCUGCGGCAAGCUGCCGGCCGGAAGAUGCUGAGCACCGAGAAGGAGCUACUGAGGAAAAGCAGGAGGGAGAAGAAAAGGUGGAAGAAGGGGAGGAGGAGGAAGGUGGAGGAGGAGGAGAUCGUGAGGGAGGGGGGCACGAAGAAGCAGAGGCCACCAGCACCGAACAGGGGGAUGAUGCAAUUGAAGUGACAGCUAAACCAAAGAGAAGUUUUUAUGCUGCAAGGGAUUUGUACAAAUAUCGACACCAAUAUCCACAGAACUUUAAAGAUCUGCGAUAUCAAAAUGAUUUGUGCAACCUCCGCUUUUACAAGAAUAAAAUUCCCUUUAAACCUGAUGGUGUUUAUAUUGAAGAAGUCCUAAAUAAGUGGAAAGGAGACUAUGAAAAGUUGGAACACAAUCACACUUACAUACAAUGGCUUUUUCCACUAAGAGAACAAGGGUUGAAUUUCUAUGCAAAGGAAUUAACAACGUAUGAAAUUGAGGAAUUCAAAAAAACAAAAGAAGCAAUUAGAAGAUUUCUGUUGGCUUACAAAAUGAUGCUGGAGUUUUUUGGAAUAAAAUUAAUUGAUAAAAAUGGGAAUGUAGCACGAGCUUCUAACUGGCAAGAAAGAUUCCAGCACUUGAAUGAGUCUCAGCAUAACUACUUGAGAAUCACCCGUAUCCUGAAGAGUCUCGGUGAACUUGGAUAUGAAAGUUUCAAGCCCCCUCUUGUAAAAUUUAUUCUUCAUGAAGCUCUAGUGGAAGACACCAUCCUCAACAUUAAACAAAGCGCUCUGGAAUAUUUUGUGUAUACUAUUAGAGACCGGAGAGAGAGGAGAAAACUCCUACGAUUUGCCCAGCAGCAUUACACACCCUCUGACCAUUUCAUAUGGGGACCGCCAAGGAAACAGAAACUGGAAGGAAGCAAACCAUGUAAAAAGCUGCCAUCUCCAGUUUCUCUUCGCAACAGCUGUACUUCUAAACAUAAAAAGACAAGAGACUGCAAGAAUGUAUCUGCCGUUUAUAACUCAAGCGGUAAAGCAACCGAUGAGAAAAGGGCAGAACACAUUAAAAACGAUGAAGAUUAUGAUCAGAGCAGGAAAUGCACCAGCCCCGAGGUUGCUAAGCAGAGCAGUGGCGAAAAGAAUAGGGAUGCUGAAUGUCACGACUCCAAACUGGAAGAAACGGCUAAUCCUCUGAACCAGAAGGAAAACGUUUCCCAUUUAAAAAAACAUAAAGGCAAAACCGAUGAAAAUCUUAGCCAAGACUGUAGAAACGCAGAGGCUGUGGAAAAAGAUGACUGUGACAGUAAAAACAAUUCCAUGAAUAUAUCAGCAAACCUGCAAGACAAUGUAGAUAAAGAUAAAAACCCAGUGGGAUCAAAUAUAAAAAACAAAGAGGAGACUCCGGCAUAAACUCAAAUGUCCCAGACAGUUAAAUCUUCUGCUAAACAUGACAAAAUGGUGGUGCAGUUUCUCACUUGGAUGAAACUGGAUAUGGAAAGGAAGAUCUUGAUACUGGGUCCAAUGCUGGAUACAUCAGCUUAGCCUCUAAGGGGUUAUGGGUUCUUUUAUUUGACUCUGUUUACUAUUUGCACUUUUCAAAGUUGUGUAUUAAGCUUAAAAACUACAUAACACUGAAGCCUGAGAAAAUUCAUUUGCUAAGACUGAUCUCUAUGUGAAAACAUCUAAUAUUGAUUUUUAUUAUCCUCUUACUCUAUUCCCCCCCCCUUGUAAACCUUAGCUAGAUUUCCAAGGAGCCAGGGUCAGAAUGUCUCCUCAGCAGAUAACCGCUUGGCAUGUGAAUAUUCUCAAUGCCUGCCGUGGCUUUAAAGUCAAAUAGGUAGAUUUAAGAUGUACCCCCAAUUGGACACAGGGACUUGGACCUAGGAGUCCCAGGUUCAAGUCCUACCUCAGCCAUGACUCACACUGGGUAACAAGCUACAUUCUUUCAGUCUUAAUUCUCCCCAUUUGAAUAAUAGGAAUAUUAAUAUUUAUUUACUUCCCUGGAUUACUGUGAGACAAAAACAUAACAAAGAUAGAAAAUCACCUUUUAAAUUUAAAAGUGCUAUAUAAACAACUAGUAGUAGGAUUCUCACACCAGCACCCCAUUCUCCCAAUAUUCUCAUAUACAACUUGUCACUGGCUCUUCCCUAGGUAUCUCCUCUAGAGUAGUGUGACA